CUCACGGGUGCAAUAUUUAUGACAGUCGACGUCAAAGUGUUAUUUUUGUGAUUUGUGAAGAUAAAAUUGUAACUUUUCGGUGUUAACAUAAAUAUCCUAAAUUUAGGAUCCAAUUAAAAUGUCCUGCCGCAACGCUUCUCACGCUGGUAGCUGGUAUACGGAGAAUGGAAACGAGCUGUCGCGGCAGCUGGACCUCUGGCUGUCCAAAGCGGACCUCAGCCACGGCCCCGCCAGGGCCAUUAUUGCCCCUCACGCGGGCUACUCAUACUGUGGCGCCUGCGCCGCGUUCGCGUACCGACAAGUCAGCCCUGUUGUGGUCAAGCGCAUCUUCAUCCUGGGCCCCUCCCACCACGUGCGGUUGGGGGGCUGCGCGCUCUCCUCGCUCGACAAGUACCAGACCCCCCUCUACGAUCUCACCAUAGACAAACAGAUUUACACGGAGCUGGAAGCGACGCGGCAGUUCGAGUGGAUGGACGUACAGACAGACGAGGACGAGCACUCUAUAGAGAUGCACCUGCCCUACAUCGCCAAAGUCAUGGAGGAAUACAAAACCGGCUUCACGAUCAUACCUAUACUCGUAGGAUCUUUAACGCCUGAAAAGGAAGCCAAAUACGGCGCCAUCUUAGCGCCCUACCUGGCGGACCCGCAGAACCUGUUCGUGAUCUCCUCGGACUUCUGCCACUGGGGCUCUCGCUUCCGCUACACGUGGCGGGACAGCUCCCGGGGCCAGCUGUACCAGAGCAUCGAGUGGCUCGACAAACAGGGUAUGGACAUAAUAGAGACACUGGACCCUCGCUCGUUCACUGAGUACCUCAACAAGUAUGGCAACACCAUAUGCGGGCGGCACCCUAUAGGAGUCUUGCUACAGGCGGUAGCGAAGCUGGCGAACUCCUCAAACGCGCCAAAGAUGUCGCUAAAGUUCCUGAAGUACGCGCAGUCCUCUCAGUGCAUGACGCCUCAGGAUUCUUCCGUGUCGUACGCGAGCGCGUCACUCGUCUUCGAAUAGAGUUACAACGUGUAAAAAUAAUAGUGGGAUACCCAAUACUCAUGUGCCGAGGGAAACUUUCCGAAAUAGGCUAGUUUCCUAUACUUAAAAUAAAAUAUUUUAUGCAGUGCUCCUUUUUGCUGUGUACUUAACACAGCAAAAGGGAAUGUACAAGUUUCUAAUGGGGUGGCAACGCGCAUGUGACA